UUUAACUUUUCACCGCCUCUCCCCAAAAUUAUAAUUAUUCUAUUCCACCUAGCCAAACAAAUUAAAAUAGAGAGAGAGAGAGAGAGGAAUCAAAAUCUUUGCAUAUAUCUCUUUUUCUCUUUGAGUUUUUCUUAAUCACACUUCUAAUAUAUAUGACUCUUCUUUGAUGAGACUUUCUUUCACUUGUGUUCAUUAUUCAUACAUCUCUCUAUUUUAUACCCAAGUCAACUGAGAAAGAUAAACUCCUUUUCUUUUUUUUUCGCAUGUUAGAGAAUAUGGAUGAAGAAGCAAUCUCCAGUAAUGGCAGUUUUGUUCAAAACCCAGUUGCUGGAUCUAAUCUUCCUUCUGUAAAGAGGAAGAGAAACCUCCCAGGAAACCCAGAUCCUGAAGCCGAAGUCAUAGCCUUGUCGCCGAAAACUCUCAUGGCAACCAACAGAUUCUUGUGUGAAAUAUGUGGGAAAGGUUUCCAAAGAGAUCAGAAUCUACAACUCCAUCGCCGGGGACACAAUCUUCCAUGGAAGCUCAAGCAGAGGACUAGUAAGGAAGUGAGAAAACGAGUCUACGUCUGCCCAGAAAAGACUUGUGUCCAUCACCAUCCUUCUAGGGCUCUUGGAGACCUAACUGGUAUAAAGAAGCAUUUCUGCAGAAAACAUGGGGAGAAAAAGUGGAAGUGCGACAAGUGUUCAAAGAGAUACGCUGUGCAAUCUGAUUGGAAAGCUCACUCAAAAACCUGUGGCACUAGGGAGUACAAAUGCGACUGUGGAACUCUAUUUUCUCGGAGAGAUAGCUUCAUCACCCACAGGGCGUUCUGUGAUGCAUUAGCUGAAGAAACAGCAAGAUUAAAUGCAGAAGCUAACAUAAAUGGCUUAGCUGCAGUUUCCGCCAACUUCAACUACCAUCAUCUUAUGGGGACGAGUCCUGUAGCGCCUAACAUGGCACAGCAUUUCCCUUCAAUUUUCAAGCCAAUCUCAAGCAAUGACCAGGCAAUGGACCAAACUCCAAGAGGACUCUCCUUGUGGGUGAGCCAAGAACCCCAAGUUCACCAUGAAGCAAUAGGCAGCAACAAUGGUAUGCAAGAGAUUCACCAACUUGGAUCUAUGGUUUCAUCAGGAACAAUAUUUUGUGAGCCUCUUGUUUCAUCUUCAAAUCCUUCACCGUCUGAUCAUUAUCAGUUAAAUUGGCCUUUCUUGGGAAACAAGUUCUCUUCAAGCAAUGCUCAUGAAGAGUUAACAAGCACAAACUCACUUCCAUUAAACAACGUUAAGGAUGCUGCAGCAGCAGCUCAACUAGUGAGUGUUCCUUCUUUAUAUAGCACACAACAGCAGUCCCAUCAAACAAGUUCAGCAGCAAAUAUGUCAGCCACAGCCCUACUUCAAAAAGCUGCUCAAAUUGGUGCAACUUCAACUGACCCAUCAUUUCUUGGAAGUUUUGGAUUAAAGUGCAACAGUAACAGUAUUCAAGAAGCUGGGAACAAGUACUGUGGAUUAUAUGGCUCAAACUCAAUAAACACAAGUACAAAUCUCGCAAGUGAUGUGGAAAACUCAGCAGGGAAUGAUAUUUCCAGCUUAAAUCAUCAGCUGCAAAUGUACCCAACAGCCAAACGCCAAAAAAUACAGAGCGACCAAGAGAAUACAGGAGGGCAAACUAGAGACUUUCUUGGAGUUGGUGUACAACAAGCCAUAUGCCACCCAUCAACUAUGAAUGGGUGGAUUUGAUUUUGAUGUGAUAUGGGGAAUUUGAUUCAUGGGUCGCAUGCUUUCAAUCUGAAUAGAGAAAUUAGUAAAAUGGGUAACAAUAAAGUUGGAAUUUUGAGGAGAGAGAAAGAGAGAUUUUAGUAUUGGGAAACUUUGUAGGGAGGAAAAGGUGACAUUGAGUGGCAUGAUGAGGGCUAAAAGCCAUUGAAGAAGUAAAGAAGAGAUCCAUGCAUAUUCCUGUUGAGCAUUGAAAAGCUGACCACUUUAAAAAUGGUGGCUCUUUUUUUUUUAUUUUUCAUUUUUGAUAAAAGGGGAAAGGGAGGAGUGGGGGCAAAGUACGUAUGAGCAACUUUUGAGCUCCAUUAUUGCAUUUGUUUCAUCUCUAUUGUGGUUGUUAUCUUGUCGAAAUAGGACUUGAAAGAAAGAAUAUUAUUCUCAUUUUCCAGUGGCAAAAA